AUGGCCCCGACGGGGACCAAAAAUAAUAAAUUUUCCGAAGGAGAAAAAAUUUUAUGCUUUCAUGGUCCCUUAAUAUAUGAAGCAAAAUGUUUAAAGUUUCGAGUGAAUGAAGAUGACAAUAAUUUAAAUGAAUAUUGGGUUCAUUAUGCUGGUUGGAACAAAAGUUGGGAUGAAUGGGUUCCAGAAUCGAGAAUAUUAAAGUACAAUGAUGCCAAUGUUGCCAGACAAAAAGAUUUACAAAAAUCUCACAAGUCUAGACUGCAGAAAAAAUCAAAAGGGUCUACACCGAAAGCUGUUAAAUCUGCUGCCAAAGAAUCAAAAUCCUCCGAUGCUAAAAGCGAUGUGUCUCUGCAUGAUUCCGAUAGCAGUCCAUUGCCACUGCAAGAAAGUUCAUUAGAUGUUCCGAAGAGAAAAAAACGUCCAAAAUUGGAUUCGACGUUUGAAACGGAAACACAAUACAUGCAAAAAGUUGAAAUUAAGGUGAAAAUUCCUGAUGAAUUAAAACCAUGGUUGGUUGAUGAUUGGGAUCUCAUAACGAGACAAAAAAAACUUGUUAAUUUACCAGCAGUUCGUUCAGUCGAUCAAAUAUUGGAUGAUUACCUUAAAUUUAAAGCGAAUAGUAAAAAUAAUUCAAAAUACAUGGAAAGUGCUUGCCAACAAGUCGUCACAGGUCUUAAAGAAUAUUUUAACACAAUGAUAGGAUCUCAACUUUUAUUCAAAUUUGAACGACCGCAAUAUUCGGAUUUAUUGCGCGAACAUCCAGAUAAACCCAUGUCUCAGAUAUAUGGAGCCCAUCAUUUUCUAAGAAUAUUCGUUAAAAUUGGAACUGUGCUCGCAUAUACGGAGCUAAACGAAAGGAGCACGACUCUUUUACUAGCCAUGCUUCAAGACGUAUUAAAAUAUCUUUACACAAACGCCGGAAGUCUUUUUUCAAUUCAAAAUUAUGGAAUUGCUCCACCUGAAUAUCAUAGAAAAACCGUUUGA